AUGGCCAUCGCUGCAAACUCCAAGCGCAUCGUGCAGAUGCUCUGGCUCGCUGCCGGCCUGCUCUUCACCCUCGCUCUUCUGCACUCUCUUGGUAGCCCUGACAAGGCCAAGGAAUGGGCCACCAACAAGGUUGGCAACCUUAUGAACAACGAUGGCGGCCGCAGCUCCAUGCGCGAGUUCAUGACCACUGCCGAGUCCAUCUGGGCCAAGACCGUUAAGCAGCGUCAUGACAUGAUUGCUGAGGACUACGGUGAUGCCUCGCUGAUGCCCUUGUUCCCUGCCACCGACCCCGCGGCCUACGGAAAGCACCCCUACUCCGUCUGGGACUUUGCUCCGGCCUCGUACAGCUGCCCGCACGAAAUGGAGCGCGUCGGACGUAUGGGAGACGGCGGCAAGUGGGUGUGCGGCAUGUCGAGAUAUGUCAACUUCCCCAAAGGCCGCGAGUGUGUCAUCUACUCCUUUGGUGUCCGUGAUGAGUCUAGCUUUGAGAACGAGAUGCUGAGCCGCACCAACUGUGUCGUCUGGGCCUACGAUUUCUCCGUCGUCGACUUUGGCGAGCAACUCGAGCCCGGCAACCGCCACAGAGCCCACUUCCUCCAGGCUGGUAUCGCUGGCAAGACGGAUAAGACCAAGACGCCCCCCUUCUACAGCAUCGCCGACCUGAUGAAGAUGAAUGGCCACGAAUACAUUGAUAUCUUGAAGAUGGACAUCGAGUUCGCCGAGUUCGAGGCCAUGGACGGUUUCAACGAGGACUUCCCCAUGCGCGCAGGCGAAGAGCUCCCCAUUGGUCAACUCAUGAUUGAGAUUCACUUCUUCGCCGGCAUGACUGCUUCUGGCUUCCUCGACUGGUGGGAGCGUCUUGAGUCCCGUGGUCUCCGCCCUACCUGGACCGAGCCCAACCUGCUUGCCGUCACUCUCAACUUGGGCAACAAGGACCCGCUCCUUGCCGAGUACACCAUGAUCAACGUUCACGACAGUAAGAACGUUGUCUUUGGUGGCAGACAUUAA